CAUUGAUGGGUUAUUGUUAAUUGCUUUCAGGUUUUUAGUUUCCUAAUUUUUACUGAAGAAUGAAUGAGCUGGAUAGUCUACGUCAAGAGGCAGAAACAUUAAAGAAUGCUAUCAGAGAUGCGAGAAAAGCAGCAUGUGAUACAACCCUGGUUCAGGCCACGGCAAACAUGGAGCCUGUGGGCCGAAUUCAGAUGCGUACUCGACGCACACUCCGUGGGCACUUGGCAAAAAUUUAUGCCAUGCACUGGGGCUCAGAUUCACGUUACCUGGUAUCAGCCUCACAAGAUGGCAAACUAAUCGUGUGGGAUGCGUUUACAACAAACAAGGUUCAUGCCAUUCCAUUGCGUUCUAGCUGGGUCAUGACCUGUGCCUACGCUUCAUCGGGCAGUUACGUUGCCUGUGGUGGGCUUGACAACAUCUGUUCUAUCUACAGCCUUAAGACUAGGGAAGGCAAUGUGCGAGUCAGCAGGGAGCUACCUGGCCACACAGGGUACCUCUCUUGCUGUCGAUUUCUAGAUGACAACCAAAUAGUAACAAGUUCUGGAGACAUGACAUGUGCACUGUGGGAUAUAGAAACAGGUCAGCAGUGCACCUCGUUCACAGGACACACUGGAGAUGUGAUGUCUCUUUCACUGUCACCCGAUAUGAAGACUUUUGUCUCUGGAGCCUGUGAUGCUUCUUCUAAAUUGUGGGACAUCCGUGACGGAAUGUGCAAACAGACUUUUCCUGGACAUGAAUCAGACAUCAACGCUGUCACUUUCUUUCCCAAUGGCUAUGCUUUUGCCACUGGAUCAGAUGAUGCUACUUGCCGUCUAUUUGACAUUCGUGCAGACCAGGAGUUGGCCAUGUACUCUCAUGACAACAUCAUUUGUGGCAUUACCUCCGUGGCCUUUUCGAAAAGUGGCCGACUUCUAAUGGCAGGUUAUGAUGACUUCAACUGUAAUGUGUGGGAUUCGAUGAAGGCAGAGCGAGCAGGUGUUCUAGCUGGACAUGACAACAGGGUCAGCUGUCUUGGUGUAACUGAAGAUGGAAUGGCAAUAGCCACUGGGUCCUGGGACAGCUUCUUGAAGAUUUGGAACUAAAUAUAUCAGCCCACGUUGCUAUCCCACACGCCAAGAGCCUCUACCCCGUUAACAAUACAGUUCUAGACCGCUGACUGGAACAUAAGCUCAUCAUACCAUUGAAUUUACUAAAUUAAAUUUAAAAAAACUGAGAGGAAAAUAUUGUUUACUUUUGAAACUUCUUUUUCUUUGAGUUAUGGUUAAAUGUGCUGAGGGUUUAAAUUGUGUGAUAUGAUUUAUGGGCUGUAGACCCAAAUCAUUUAUAAUCGUUGUUAGACAAAAGUCUCUUUUGUCACAUUAAUUAUUCUUCUUUUUUUCUAUAAACAACAAAUUUAAUACAACCCCCCCCCCCCCAAAA